UUCAUACAAAUCGGUUGCGUUUGAACGUCAUCGCAUUUCACCAAACGCGACUGGUAGUUCGCGUAAUGACUGUGCGUUGUAAUCUUUUCAAGAUGUUUACGAAUUUUGUGCUUUUAGCUUUUUUUGUUUGUUGCUUUGAUGUGUUCUGUGUUGAUUCACUCCAGCCUGGGGACCCCGGUGUGUGUGUUGUGCAAACCAGCUAUAAAAAUUGGAGAUGGAAGACAUUUAAUGCGCAGCUAUACAAAUGGUGUGGCAGAAAGAGAUGUGUCGAGAAGAGAAGGAGAAAAGAAACCUUCAUGUUGACAAAGAAUCAGGCGGUCUGCUGCAAGGGGUGGGGCUACCAAAGUGAGGACGAUAGCUGUGCUCCUCUCUGCAGCACCGGCUGUCUUGGUGGCCGCUGUGUUGCUCCUGACCGCUGUCACUGCGACGCGCCCGCGCGCCUCGACCCCGUACACGGCAACGUAUGCCUGUUGCCCGUCUGCGAUCCGCCCUGCCGCAACGCCCACUGCGUCGACAACAACACCUGCGAAUGCGACGCUACUUACGUUAGGCACAACGCUACGCACUGUUACCGUUGCGAUCCGGGGUAUGCCGUCGAUGAAAAUUUCACCUGCUCCCCCAUCUGCGACCGACCUUGCGCCAACGGACAAUGCAUCGGACCAAACAUUUGUGGGUGCCCCACCGGUUAUACGCUUAAGGAUACGUUUACAUGUGAACCGGUUUGUGAAAACACUUGCAUUAAUUCAGUUUGCACCGCUCCAAAUGUUUGCACAUGUUUGGAGGGUUAUACUGAAGUUAACAGUACUUGCAUUCCGCAAUGUGACUCUUGUGAUCAUGGCCAAUGCGUUGGACCAAAUGUUUGUGUUUGCGAUGCCGGGUACACAAAUGGGACCAGCGGUUGUGUGCCAGCGUGUGACCAGACUUGUGUGAACGGGGUCUGCUCGGCGCCAAAUGUGUGCUCCUGUAUGGAGGGCUACGUCAAAGACGAUGACUUCAGAUGUGUGACACCAUGCCCCAAGGAGUGUCCGGGCGGCUGUGACGACGACGGAACAUGCCUCGACUGCAGCGUCCCAUUUCGGUUGGUCAGUGGACGGACGCCUCGAGAAAGACAGGUUAAAGAAAAGCUCGUGUGCUGUCCGAGCUGGAAGUACGACUCCCGCAGUAAGAAAUGCAUCUACUACUGUAGAUUCGGUUGCGAAAGAGGGAAAUGCGUGGGCCCCGACAAGUGCAGCUGCGACCCACCGCUGCAGCUGGUCGAUCACAAGUGCGUGGAGCCUCAGUGUGACCCGCCCUGCCAACACGGACAAUGUCAUCCAAACAACACUUGCAUUUGUGGUGCAGAUUUCGAGAAAAUUAAUUCGUCAUAUUGUGCACCUAAAUGCGACCCUGGAUAUGAACGUCAGUGCAUCAACGGGUCCUGCGAUUCCGAUAUCGAUACUGAUCCGAUAAUGUGUAGACCGGUGUGUGACCCAGAGUGCGUUCAUGGAGAUUGCAUUGCGCCCGACGUCUGCAGAUGUCACGAAGGAUAUAAGAAUGACAACUCUUCAGAGUGCACGCCGGUGUGCGAAUCGUGCGGCAACGGCACAUGUGUAGCUCCUAACAACUGUCAAUGCUUCAAAGGUUAUUCACGAGAUGAACGAGGGUCGUGCAUACCUCAUUGUGAGACUCCUUGUGUCAACGGUUCUUGCUCAGCUCCAGGCGUUUGCUCCUGUCCACAAAAUUAUACUCUAGAACAUACUGUAGAAAACAACACUACGGUAGAUAAAUGCGUGCCAGUUUGUUCACAAACCUGCGUCAAUGCCUACUGCGAGUCACCAAAUACCUGUGCCUGUGAGCCUGGCUACGUGAAAAUAAGUGGGAGCUCCACGAUUUGUCGCAAGGAAUGCGAUGGACCGUGUGAAAAUGGUAUUUGCACAUUAUUCGGACAUUGCGACUGUAAUCAAGAUUUUCAACUUGAAAAUGGAACCUGUGUUCCUGCAAAUAUAACUAAGUUGGAUUGCGAGGCGUGCGGGGGGCACUGUAUAGCGGGUGACUGCCGCUGCGACGACGACAGCCCGUGCUCCAUGACUGCUGCUGUAGAAACUGCUGAGAUCGAGUCCUCCGCCAGAUUAGCCGGUUUGGAGAUAUCGUGGGUUGUAGGAGGUGCCGUGAGCUUACUUUUGCUUACUCUAAUGAUUGCUGUUUUCGGACACAUGUGGAAGAGGAGGAAGGAAUAUGGAGUCAAAGCCACUGACAAUAAUGAUGGUGCGUUCAGUAGUGUGGCGUAUACUGUACCAGGUACCCUCUUAACUAUGGGAGAUGGGAGAAAAGAGGCCAGAGAUAAUGAAUAUGACGCAGUGAACGACGAAGAUCCGAGCCGAGCUGCCGCCGAAGCGUUACUCGAAGACAAAAACGAUCCCGACGUAUAACGCAGUGUUACAAAUGAGGGUUUUCACAAUCGAAACAAAACUAUUUGUAUCUAUAAAAGUGUUUCGGUGGUUAAAUUUCCUGGUUACAGUGAUAUUUAAAUGGCGUGACACUUGCAUGCGAAUCCUAUUGCUAUCUCGGGAAUGAGAGGGAUCUCAUUAACUGGUGUCGCGACAGUGGAAUUUCGUAGUUAUCACAAAUAUUGACAGUACAAAUAAUAAACAUAAUAAAAUAAAACAAUAAACAUUUCAAAUUAUGUUUAUUUUGAAA